UGAAAAGAACAAUUUUAAGAACGACUUGCCCAGCUCUGAAGGUCAUCGGGGGAGCCAUGUCGAAAAUAGUGAGAUUGGCCAACAGAGGCGUCGAAUUAACAAAGAAAUAUGGCAACAUAGCAUGGAACGACUAUAUAAACAAAGUUGCCAAAUGUCAGGCCAAUGGCCAGACGAUGUCUCGCAUCCAGUUACUAACAUUAUAUGUGAAAGCAGAACUAGGACCCCCAAGUCCAGCACAGGCUAGGGAAAGCAUCGCUAAAUUUAUGGACCUCCCUUGGUCACUUACAAGAGAGAGGCUGAUGAACAUGACUACAAAAGAAGCCCUCUGUAAGUCUCUGCUUGUAGUUGACGUUGCUAUCUUUUUUGCUAUCGGUGAAGUGAUUGGCCGCGGAGACUGGGCCGGCUACCCCAUCAAGGGAGCAUCAGGCUGGGAAUUCUCUAACAUGUACACAGAGGAAGACAUCAAAAAGAUGGACGCCGAGAGGGCAAAGACGAACCAAGCGUAGCGUGAAUGGAACCAACGAAGUGUAGCAUUAACUGGACAUUUAUAGACAAAACUUAAAUCAGUGAUUGUGUUUGUUAUUUAAUACUGAAAUAAAAAACAGAACACAUUA